AUGAGUGAAGAAAAGCAAGGUAUUAUGGAUAAAAUUAAGAGCUCUUUCUUGCUGGGAAGUAGAAAGCAUGAGAAGAUCUUGAGAGCGCUGUACCGUGCUGGACGGAGAAAGGCCAUUUUGGAGCGUGGCCAACACUCCAAGGACACUAGUUCGUCCAGUGUGAGCAGCAGUGACGAAGAAGAACUUGGAAGAACUGGAGGAAGAGAGUCAGGUACUCAUUCUACAGGAUUGGCUGCUGGAGGUGCAACUGCGGGAGCCGGCGCAGCUUACGCCCACAACCAAUCUAAGGUUCAUCCAGACACAACCACUAAUAGAGGAAUUGCCAACCAGCCUGCCACUGGAACUGGAUCCUCUAGAACUGGACCCACUGGAACUACCGGGACCACUGGUAGUGGAGCAGGUGCUGCCGAAAGUGCAGCUGGAGCCGCCUACUCGCACAACCGUAGUGAUUCAGGUAACUACGGGUCUUCCAAGGGAAAGGUGGUGACACUGCCACCAAGAGUGAACCGUCAGCCAUUGGAGCAAAACCAUGGCGGAGACUUUUCCAACGCCAAGCAACCUACUGAACUUGUCGGAGCGGGCGAGUCUGGUUUGGUUACAAAUCAACAUCCUCACUAUGACAACGAUGCUGAAGCUGUGCAGGGUCAAGGUAAAUUCUUUGAUCCUCAGGACACCCAGGGUGGUCAAUACGGAACCAAGAGUGGUAGAUCCGAGGAUGACCAUAGAACUGGCAAGACGGUCGCCGGUGCUGGUGCUGCUGGUGCUGCUGUAGGUGCAUUGGCAGGAGGUGUUGGUCGUGGAGACAGUGGGGCACAUGCUGAGGCUACUCACGCCCAAGUCAACCAGGACAAACACUUGAAGACCAAGCCUAGCGCUUACUACGAGGCUGACAAGCAGCAGGAGAAAGAGAAUCAGAGACAGCUCGAGAAGGAUGUGCAAAAGGAGGCAUACUUGCAGGGCAAGGACCAGGGCAAACAUGAGGUAUCCACCUCAAGUGGAUCUGGCUUGGGUUCUGGUGCUGCACACUCUGGAACUUCGCACUCAGGUACCGAUGCUAGAGAGACUCACGACCAAAACAAGUCUGCUUACAACAAGGGUGGUGUGAGUGCUGUCAUUGAUAAGUUGAAGCCUGGACACUCUGGUUCUAAACACACUGGUUCUGAACAUACUGGUGUUGAAUCUGGUACUACCGGCCACUCUGGCCAUGGACAUUCUGGUGCCGGCGCUGGUGCUGCGGGUGCUGCUGCUGGUGCAGUCGCAGGCUCGUCCCUUGCAGGCAGUUCGCAGCCAAGUGGAGUUCAUGCUGGUCAUCCACCUUCCAGCAAGGAUUUUGAUUAUGACCGUGAGAUUAAGCGUUUAGAUCAGAACACUGCCACCACUCAGAGAGAAAUUGAUCAGUAUGGUUCCGGUUCUGGCUCUGGUGUGGGUUCUGGAACUUCUCGUUCUGUCCCUGCGACUGGUAGCACUGGCACUACCGGAACUACUGGCCACACUGGAGGAUCUCACAUUCCAGGUACCGCUGGCUUUGGUGCUUCAGAUACCACUAAUGAAAAGACUUUGGAUCCUGCUGCUUCGCUGCCAUCUAGAUCCCAGGGAAUUCUUGGAACUGCUGCUGCUGCCUUGGGACUUGGUGGCGCUGGUGCUUAUGCUGCUCACAGAGCUAAUGAACAUGACAGUAGGGACUCUACCAGGGACCCUACCAAGAACACCAGUGAGGAUGCAUCUGUUGCUUCGUUGUACAACCAGCCAGGUGUGAAGUCCGGGUCUGCUCCCGGUACUGCAACAUCUGCUAAUGCUGUGAUUCCUGAAGGCUCAACCAGUCAUACUGGUUCUGGCUACACUGGUAACACUGGUACUGGUCACACUGGCCACACUGGCCACACUGCUGGCUACACUGGUACAACCACCGAUAACACUAGCCACUCUGGUCACGGUCAUGACCACACUAUCCACCCAAGUGCCCGUCAAGUUAAAGACGACUUCUAUGCUGCUGGUGUCAGAAAGGGUGCACGGGAUGCUGGCUUCGGCUCUGGUCCAACUGAUACUGCUCCCACGGGAUUUGAAGGUGCGACCGGUUCAACUGGUGCAACUGGCUCUGGUAUCACUGGAUCUCACCACACUGGAUCUCAUCACACUGAUUCUCACCACACUGGAUCUCAUACUUCCGGUUCUGGCAUCACUGGUUCUAAUACUACUGGAUCUCAUCACGCUGGCUCUGGUAUUACUGGCUCUGGAGUUGGUGGUGACCACACCGAACGUAGCAUUAAGUCCGAUGCUUACUCUGCUGGUUUGAAACAGGGUGCUCAAGAUUCCAAUGUCGGAUCUGGAGUUGGAUCUGGUUAUGGAUCUGGAAUCGGUACUGGUUCCAACCACGUUAAGUCAGAUUCUCAUGACCUGAGCCCUGGAUUGCUUGCCGGUGCUGCUGGUGCUGCCGCUGCCGUUGGUGCUGGUGCUGCAGCAGCACUUGGUUUUGGCAAGUCCAACCACUCAGACAGAGACCCAACUGACUACAACACCGGAAGAAGUGCAGGUGUCAGUGGAGACCACCCAAUCUCCGCUUCCAACCCCAACGCAACUUACUCCUCGUCCACAGACCCUACCAGCCACUCUACCUCUCGUACCAGAGGUGCCAAUGAAUCUGAUUUCGGUGUUGCUGCCACUACUCCAGCCUCUGCCACUGGCGGUGCUGUAGGAGGUGUUGGUGGUACCACUGACUCUACUUCAAGAUCCAAGCACCACGAGUCAGGACACUCCGGUGCUAUUCCAGCCGCUCUUGGUGGUGCUGCUGCAGGUGCUGGUCUCGGUGCUGCUGAAUCCUCUAGAUCUAAGCACCACACUUCCGACCCAACUAACACAGGUGCUUUCGAUUCUACCAGAACUUCGGGUUCAACCGGUGUUUCUACUGGUCCAUCUGGAACCUCUGGUACAUCACUGACAGCCAGAAACGUGAACAGAUCGGAUGUUCUGACCGACGGUGUGGGUGUUCCAGGUGGUACUAACAGUUUGACUAGAGACUCGGACACCAUUUCCUCAUCACAACCAGCUACUGGAAGAACCUCUGAUUACGAUUCCACCGACAACAGGCACUCUCACUCUAGAGAGGCUGCCGGAUUGGGUGCUGCUGGCUUGGGUGCUGGAGCACUUGCUGGUAAACACCACCACGACCAUGACCACCAUCACCACGACCAUGACAGGUCUGAGGCAAGAACCCUUGACCCAGAAACCGGUAAGCAUUCCACUUCAGGCACCGGACUUACUGGUUCACAUGGCACUGGUUACUCCAGCACUACUGGAAGCGACCUUCCAUCAGGUACUUCCAGAUCAACCAACACUGGACAUCAUGACCCAACCUUGACUACUGGUACUACUGGCACUCACCACACUGGUACUACUGGUUCUCAUAACACUAAUGACCCAGCUCGCGAGCAACAUGGUUACUUGGACUCUGCUAAGAUUGCCAUUGCCUCUGCCGGUGCUGCAGCUGCUGGUGCCUUUGGUUACGAGGGUUACAACCAGUACUACAAGCCUGAUGCAGAAAAUGACACUGUCGGUUCAAACCAUAACCAUCAUUCCGGUACUACUGCUGCAGGCGGACCUGUUGCUCAACAUUCUGAUUUGAAGGACCCAGCAGUUGCAAGAGCAACUGAGGGUGUCGAUGCUCCACUUGCGAAGGAGGUUCCAACGUCCGGUAAGACCACUGGUGUUCCAGAUGCUGCUCUCGGAGCUGGAGCUGGAGCUGGCGUUGGUACUGGUGCUACUGCUGCUGGAACUACUGGUAGAAACCGCACUGACACUGACUCUUCCUCAACUAGUUCAACUAGCACUUCCAAGAAGGGUGGAUUCUUGAGCAGACUCAUUGGAGGCGGAGACACCACUUCCACCUCUGAUACCGAUGUUGCUACUGGAACAACUGGUACCACCGGUACCACCGGUACUCAUGGUAUUACCGGCACUCAUGGUACUACUGGUGCUACUGGUACUACUGGUGCUACUGGUGCUAUUGGUACUACUGGUACUACUGGUACUGGAACUCAUGGUACUACAACUGAUGCUACUACUGGUACUACCGAGCCUCAUUCCUCAACUGGUCUGAACGCCGCUAAGGGUGGUAUUAUUGGUGGAGUUUUGGGUUCCGCUGCUGCCGCAGUUGGUCUUUCCAGCCUGCCAAAUCAACAGAAGACCGAUUCCUUGGUGGAAUCCGACAAUAGCCACAGGCACACCUCUACUACCGGUGCAGGUACUACAACUGGUGCUGGCGUCGCAGGUACUGGUGUUGGCGGAAGCCACUCCACUACUAGUGGUCUCCCAGGUACUUCUGAUCCAACCAAAUCAACUUCCCUGGGUGUUCAGGAAGUUCCUGGUCUCAAGUCGCAUACCCUUGAGGGUGACGUCUCUACCAACAAGGGCUCAACCACCUCAGAUGCCAACUUCCAUAAGUUGGAGGCUGAAGUGGAGGCACACAACAAAAAGCACGGACACACGGAUGGUCGUUCUUUGAUCGAGAUCGCCGAAGAUGUCGAUCCUAGCAUCAAGAAAUUGACCCAUAAUGCUGGAUUGAGCAAUACUAACGAAGGUGUUGGGGCUGCUGGUGUUGCUGGUGCUGCUGGUGCUGCUAUUGGAAGUCACUCUUCAGACAAGAAAUCGAGUGGUCCGCUUUCCAAGACCGACACAUCAACUAGCUCUCAAUACUCUAACAAAUCAUCUAAUGUCGGAACCACUGGAGCUUCUGGAGCUUCUGGUGUGGACAGAUCUGUUGAGACUGAUGAAUCUAGAUUGGGUUCAUCCAAAGCAACCAAUGCUUCUCCAGGAAGCUUGGGUGCUAUGGCUGGCAUUACUGGAGGCCACAAGGGUUCAGGUUCGAAUGUCAAUGACACUUCUUACUCUGACAAGCAUGACCAUGACCAUCACCACGGAUCCGGUGCCACUGGUGCUGCUGCUGGUGCUGCUGCUGGUGCUGCUGUAGGUUCUGGACUUACUCAUGGCCACAACGACAAGCACUCAUCUGCUCAUGCCAGCACUCAGGAACGUGGAACUGUUGAUUCCGCUUACAGUGCUGGUGUUAAGCAAGGUGCUUACGAUACUGGUGUAAAGCAAGGUGCUUACGACUCCGGUGUCAAGCAAGGUGCCUACGACACUGGCGCAGAACGCGGUGCUCAUGAUUCUAGAAGCACUUCUGGACCUCAUGGACAUAACAAAGCAGCCGAAGGUGCUGCCCUUGGAGCUGGUUUAGGUGCUGGUGCAGCUAGUGCAUCGAAAGGCUCCAAGUACGAAGGAAGCAGCAGAUCUAACGUUCCAACCUCUCCAUCUUCCAAAUCGUCGGGAAGUUCCUACAAGGACACUCCAAGACCGAUUGUGGAAGUGAUUGGUAUUUCUGACCGUGACGAGGCUGCCAAAUUGGCACAGAAAACUACCAAAGACUUGGUGUCGCAGGGUGAAGACAUUACUCAAGGCAAGAUUGUUAUCAAUGCUAAAACCAAUGAGGUAUUCCAUGUUCCCGAGGAUCAGUUAGACACCCCAAGCAGUGCCUUCACUAGCUCAAACAAAUCUUCCAGCCAUGGUACUACCGGUCACGACCAUGGCCAUCCUCAUGGUUCUACUGCCACUGGUGCUGCUGCUGGUGCUCUUGGAGGGGCUGCUGCUGCUGCCGGUUUGUCCAAACAUUCCGGCCGUGAUAGCCAUUCUGAAUACCCAGAAAAAAUUGAUGCUGGGUUUAACGAGCCAGUAAAGGAUGUUGACCCACGCAAGUACCACUCUGAACACGAGAAGGCCAAGCAGGAGCUUGAGCAAGCUGCAGAUGAAGGCCAGUUGGCCAACAUUCCAGGUCAGCACUCGGGAACAGGUAGUGGACUGACUGGCUAUUCCACCGGGGCAACUGGUGCAAGUGGACAAACUACUAAUUACUCCACCGGCUCCGGUCCAUCUGGCAGUGAAUUCUCCGCUGGAUCUGGUCCAUCCGGAACAGCAGGAGAACACACUCCUGGCUCCAAUAAGGCAGGUUACGGAGCUGGUAUUCUCGGAACUGCUGCUGCUGCUUUAGGAUUGUCUAAGGCAGGCCACCAUUCUGAAAAAUCUGAACAUUAUGGCCAAACUGGCUAUUCUGAUCAAAAAGGGGUUUCUGGACAAACUGGACAUCCCGAACAUGUUGAUGCAUCUUUCAACGAGCCAGUAAAGGAAGUGGACCCAAGAAAGUACCACAAGCAACACGAGGAAGCCAAGCGUGAACUUGAAUAUGCUGCUGAAGAGGGAGAACUUGCCAACAUUCCGGGUGAAUCCACCCAAUCACAACAUGCUAGUGGUUUAGGUUCUUCUGGCACUUCCGGUGGAUUGAAUACCAACGCAACUACUGGUGCUGCGGCAGGUGGACUUGCUGGUGCUACUGGUGCCUCUGCCUUGGAUCACCACAAUCAGAGAGGUGUGUCUGCAUCCUCUCAGCCUUCUGACCCCUCUGGUCAAUCUGGCUCCGGACUUGGUGGAUCGGGAACUACCCAUUCUUCAAGUCACCAAGAUUACACUUCAGUCUCUGUGCUGGGGGUGAGUGACACUGAACAGGCUAAGCAAUUGGCUAAUGCUGCCGUGGCUCAGUUGGAGGGUCGCUCCGAUGUGUUGAUGUCAGCCAAAGAGUUGAAGGUCGAUGCCAACACAGGUGCUGUCACUGAUGAAAACGGAAAAUUCUUAACUCAGUUGACAGGAUUGCCAAAGCAUGAGAGUACUCAUGCUCAAGGAGGAAUUGUUAAUCCUGGAAGCUCUGGCGUUAGCGGAUCGAGUGCUGCUGAACACAGAGAUGUGCCAGCAUAUGGAGAAUCUCCAAGUCUCAGCCUGAAUGUUGGUGCUCCAGGUGGAACAUCUAAAACUUAUGGAACAUCAAGCAAUCCCGGAGUUACUGGAACUUCAGGUGAUGGAUCUUCUUUCCUUCAUCAAGACCAAACUACUCGUGGAUCUGGUCUUGAAUCUGGCGUGACAAGUGGCUCUACUGCCACUGGUGGUCUUGGCUCGGCUUCCAAGUCUACUUCUGCCACCCAACCUUCUGCCACGGAUGCUCAUUCGUCUGGCCUCGGUAGUUCCGGCAAACAAAAUUACCAGACUGGACUAGGCAGUGGCGAGCCUAGAAGCCAAGGUGGCUUUGCCGACACUGGUGUUACCGGUGAUUUUUCUGUUGAUCCUACCCGCUCCUCUGGAGAUGCAGAAGAAACCGGCAAGAUGCCUGGCUCCUUCUUUUAG